CCACCUCACAUCGCUCCCCUGCGUCUCUACCUCCUGCAUCCCUCUCUCCUACAUCCCUCCCUCCUACAUCACUCCUGCAUCCCUCCCUCCUACAUCCCUCUCUCCACCCCUCCCUCCCUCCUUCCCUCCCUCCCCCUGCCUGCGCAGAGCCGCGGACAUGGCGCUCAGCAAUUUCCUCUUCGCUCAGUGCAUCUGCUAUUUCCUGGCCUUUCUCUUCAGCUUCAUCGUGGUGGUGCCGCUCUCCGAGAAUGGCAACGACUUCCACGGCCGGUGCCUGCUCUUCACCGAGGGCAUGUGGCUCAACGCCAACCUGACGGUGGAGCGGCAGCGCUUCACGGUGCAGGAGUGGGGGCCUGAGGCUGCCUGCCGCUUCAGCAUCUUCACCGGGCUCCUCUCCCUGCUGCUGGCCACGGUGCAGGCCUGGAGGACCCUCUUCUUCCUCUGCAAAGGGCACGAGGACUCUUUCUUUUACGCCUUCCUGAAUCUGCUGAUCAGCGCCUUUGUGGUGUUCAUCACAUUUAUUGCCAGCACUAUAGUGAGUGUAGGAUUUAACAUGUGGUGUGAUGCAAUUACUGAAAAAGGAAGCAUGCCAAAUAGCUGUGAAGAAUUGCAGGAUAUAGAUCUUGAGCUGAACUUGGAAAACUCUGCUUUCUAUGACCAAUUUGCUAUUGCACAGUUUGGUCUCUGGGCUGCCUGGCUGACUUGGCUGGCAAUUACCAUUUUGGCUUUCCUGAAGGUUUAUCACAACUACAGACAGGAGGAUCUGCUAGAUAGCCUGAUCCAUGAGAAGGAGCUGUUGCUAGGAAGAUCCCCUUCAAGAUCCUCUUUGCAAGACGACAAAAGUGGCAUGAUCUAAAGCGUAAGCAAAUUUCCAGGGCAGGAUCUAGAUUUUAUUAUUCAGUAAUGUGAGCUGAAGCUGAGUCAGGGUAUUGAGUGUGUGAGAUCUUUUCUUUUCCUGAAAUGCAAUGUAAUUGUGAAUUACUCACUUCCCCCAUGAGAAAUUGUUGGCAGAAAUACUGAUAUUAGGAUAAAGAGGAUGAACUGCCCUAUGUGCCUGUGGCACAGCAAACUUUCUGUCCUGUGCAGACAAAAUUUGUAACCUGCCCUUGUCAGCAGAGCUCCCACGUGCCAUCGCUGGCUUUUGGGACAGGGGCCAUUUUUGAGGACUGAGCUGGCAAGACCAGGCUACAGCAUCCAGGCUAUUUCUUCAAACUAUUCUUCAAAAACAGUUGUAGCUGGAGCUGCCUUCAGCCCCUCCUCUGUCCCUCUCCUCCCUUUUGCCAGUGAAGCUGCCCCUGCUCUGUCUUUACCCGGGGAAGCUGCAGCUCUGGUUCGGGUGCAGGCUCUCGCUGUCUCUGCUUUCGCUGUGUAUGGAUGCAGUGCUGACAAACAUGUUGCUCCUGCUCUGAUUUUAUUUCCAACAUAGAGACCCGUGUUCCAGACCUGAUAUUUAGUAUUGGACAGUGUUAAUGAAUUCCAUGAAACUCGUAUAUUAUUAUAGCACCUGUCAAAAACUGUGUUUAAUAUGGAAGACGACGGAGAACAUUUGUGGAUUUGUUUCUUCUUAGAUUUUGGCAUGAGCAGCAUUUAUUAUGACUCCUGAAGUGAAGUGUAGCUAGAAAUUGCUGAAGCUUGCAUACUAAGAAAUUAAGCUGAAUAGGUAGUAUUAAUGCUUGUGCACUUAUAAAUGUAACUUGGUCCCUAACAUUGUAUAUUAUUCUGUUUUGAAUAUUAGAAUUUAUUUGUGAUAUUUAUUUCAUAUAGAAUAUGCAAAAUUACUGUAAGCAUUUGCAUUGUAGGUUUCUAUAUAUAAACACAGCAAGGAGUUCAAACAGCUGAGUUAUUUUAUUGGUAGUUCAGUGCUGAAAGGGUCCAUUCUCCCCACUCAUGGGCAGGAGUUCCAGGGCAGAUGAAUUUUGCUGUGAAAAGGAAGAAUUGCUAUUUACACAAAGCUCACUGGUGGCUGUGUUGUUGCUUUCAGUUUUGCUUGGCCAGUGCUUCAACAAAUCAGGUGGAUUGUUGAGAUCAGAGGUAGCUCUGAUAAUUAAGAAGAGUCACUCAGAGUGGGAUUUGCAUGGCAGAGCUGUGCUAGGAUUCAGCAUUUAUCCCCAGGUACACAUUGCACGGAAGACCCCAAAUCAGCAGAAAACUUAAGCAAACAACUAAGUUUGGACUGAAAUUUUUUUUUGGGAGUAUGCUGACACUGCCUGUGGUACCUGUGUUUGAGGUGAGACUGAAUUUAUUGUAACAGAAGUGCAAACCACACAUGAUUAUAUGAGCUGGUAAAUCAGAAUGAAGGGAGAGAGGACAGCAGGCUUCUACCACAUCAGAGCCCAAGCCUGGGGUUAGCACAACCAUGCAGAUUUACUGUUGUCUUCUAGGGACUCUCUGAUGCUUAGUUAAGUACCAGCUUAAGCAUUUCAUUGAAACAGAAUUUGAUGUCAUGAUAAAUCCCCCAACUAUUAAGCAUUUUAGGGUAUAAAAUCUGACAUAGUAUUCAACUGCCAAAAUGUUUUCAUAGGCUCCUCCAUGGGCCUUAAGCAGUAAGCCAGCCCUGUGAACAUUGCUCAGAGCCCCAGCUGGCCACAGCUCUCUGUAGAGAGGUCUUGUUCUUCAGCAUGAUUUCUGCCCACAAGAGAAUGCAAUUCCUUUGAAAGAUUUGCAGCAGUGGCUUUUUUUGUACUUGGGAGCUGACAUCAGAGGAGGACUCCUGGAGAGGGAAUCAGAGAUCAAGUUAAUUAAUGCCAAUUUAAAAUUCAGAUAUCAGGACUGUCAGAGUGCCUUUUUAAAAUUCAUUUGGUCUAAUAGUUUGGAUAUUAAGAAAAGUCCCUUCACUGAAAGGUUUGUCAAGCACUGGAACAGGCUGCCCAGGGAAGUGGUGGAGUCACCAUCCCUGGACAUAUUUAAAAGAAAGGCAGAUGUGUCACUGAGGGACAAGGUUUAGUGGUGGCCUUUGCAGUGCCAGGUUAAUGGUUUGACUGGAUGAUCCUAGAGGUCUUUUUCAACCUAAAUUACUCUGUCUCUAGUAGGAGAUAACACUUUUGCAAGUACCCGAGUCCAUUGCCAGGGAAUGACCUUCUUCAUACCCUGAAGAAAAGCCUGGGUCUCGUAAGUUAGCCUGUUUUCCCAUUUUUCCCAGUUUCUCCAGCUGUAAAAGGCAGUCUCACUUUCACUCAGCAGUGAUGUCUCUUCCCACAAAUUACUUCAGUGCAUGCCUUACUCCUUGUGUUGGAACCAUGAUGCUGCUUUGUGUAAUAUAUUUUAUGUAUAUGCCAAAUCAAGCUUAGGCUGGAGUGACAUGUGGAUGGGGACCACUCUUCCUGGUGUUGCCUGAGGGUUUGAAGAACCAUGAGACAGAAGAAAACAAAUGUCUUCUUGUGGUUCUUGCUCUGAGGUACCAGGGCCCAGGACUUGUCUCUGCUUCUGAAAGAGAGGAUGCUGCUUGUGGGUGAGGCUGUCUGGAGCUCAUGCUUUCUUCUACCUCUCCUGUCUCAAGGUCUUUUUCCUCCUUCCCACUUCCAUGAGAAGCAGCAAACACUGGUCCUGGGUUUGGAGUUGCCAUGCAAAAUGAAAAGGGGCUGAAGCUCUUCUAUGAAUCCCAUGUGAAUGGGACUGUUUUUCACAGCUUUCCCAUGUCAGUCUGUUUUUCACAGCUUCCCUGCCUUGACCAGGUGGGGUGAGGCUGGUACCUCCUUGCAAGCAUCAGUGAUGCUUAAAAGCAAAGCUGCUUUUGAUGGAAGCCCCUGUGUGAGUCAGAAGGCAGAGAAGGUAGUGAGAAUCUCUCUGGCUGACCCAAGAAGAGGAAGGGUAUCCUGCAUCUCCCAGUUUUUGGACACACUUGGUAUUUUUUAUUUGCACUAAGUUUUCUGCAACCUCUUCUCCUAAAGCUUAGGCACUCAGGCCAGGCUGGUGAUGCCAAGCUGGAAAUGUGCUAGAAUUGUGGUGUAAUUUAUGCACACAUACAUACCUACCUGUGCUCUCUCUCAUGCACUUCUCUCUUUUGUACAUUUCUGAUGUCUGAUUUUAGUCACCCAUUGCCAAUCAGCACAUCAUGGGGCUGAGUCAAAUUUUGCAUUUCUCUGACAUUUCAAUACCUUUAAUUUGCCAUGUUCAAAGGCAGGGAACACUCUAACAAGAUCUGUAUUCAAAGAACUAGAACACUGUAUGGUACUUAUACUAGUAUUUAUUUAUUUAUUGUCACAUGGUACAAGGGGAAAAAGCUUUGUGGCCUUUCAAAGGCACUGGGCUGAUGCCACACUAUUAUUCUGUUGUAUCAAAUAUAUUCUCUGGCUACCAUCUGUGGUUCAAUUUCCCACCAAUACCCUGCUAGCAGUCCUCGUUGGGCUAGAAGAAUCUAAGCUAACAAGUGUCAUCUGAGCUUUUAGAUCAAUGCUGUUUCUUACUAUUUUUUAUAAUGGAGAAACAAUUGGAGCCAUCUUUUGGAACAGAACUUCCUCAUGAGUGCAUUCAUGCACAAAACAUCUUAUACCACUAACUCAUGAGGCAUCUUUCAGUUGGGAAAUUUCAGUGGGAAUCACAAAAAUAAGAGCAUGGUGAUUUACUGUAAAAACUGAAGGACAGGUUCAUACUAUAGCAGUGAUUCUAUGGUCCCUUAAAAAAGGAGGUGUUACAAUAUCCAGUGAUAUUGUUACAAGUACAGACCUUGUAAUGAAAGCAUUCUCUGUGUAUGUACAAUGCACACAGAUAAAUGCCAAUUCCACUGCUCUUCUGUCAUGUGGAUAUAGGCUCUUCUCUAAACAAGAAGCUUUGGCUGGUGUGGCUGUUAGAAUGCCUUAAAUUUCUACACUUCCUUUUACUCAGCGCUGGGACUCGUGCAGUGACAAUGGUUCUGGUACCCAGAGGUGGAAUUGAUGUGGGCAGAGUGGGAAAGCACUGGCCAAUGCAUAACCUCCCAAAGGCUGAGAUGAGUUUCUAAUGCAGGUUUGCAGGUGUUUCAAUUCCUCCCCUUUAUCUGAGUAACGUCCUGCUGCUAGCCUAAAUUAGUCCAGUUAGGAACAGGGUCAGAUUUCCCUUCAAGGCCUUCCCUCCCCAGUGUGGAACACUGCUGAUUUAACCUAUGCAGUGUUCAGGAUGCAGGGAAGAGGAGCUCACACUUCACAGUCACGUUGCACACAAACCUGGUAUUGGAUGUACGUGGGAUUUGUCAUCUCCCUUUUUCAAAGCCUUCUCUAACAUACUGCAUGUAAAAUCACUUUUACCAUUUAAAUUAUAUCUUUAGCAAAAAUCCAGACAUAAUUUAUACUGGAAAGACUGACAGUAUUUUGUGAAAAACCAAUCUGGAUUAUGACAAAACUUUUGGGCUUUUUUCUGUAACAAUGACCUGAGUAUCCUUGAGUGAAUGAGCAUCCUGGCUGUGUCCAGAUCCUAAAUCUGUGCCUCAGACCAUUUCCUUUGCUGAUGGAAAGAGCCCAUUUUAAUCUCUUGGAAUGUUUGCUUUGCAGACUACAAAUAUCCUUUCCUUCUGGUUAGGCAAUCUGGGAAAAGAGGAAGGCUUUACCUGCAGUGACAAAAUGCUAAUGUAACUUCGUAAGCACAGAAAUUGUUUUAAAACUAUUUCUGUUCAUGGCACUAGUGCCUUGAAGUACAUGUUUCUAUUUUUGUCCUCCAUAAAAAGGAGGAAAACUAUCCUGAGCUGUAUUUUAGUACUCACAUAUAUGCAUCUAAAGUUGUUGUUUUUUUUUUUAAUGGAUGUUUUUUAAAAUGACAAAAUUCAACUCUGUGAUUUAUGAAGUUAAGAACUGCAUAGAAAACAGCACUUUCAUGCUCUCCUGAUAUAGAAGAGAACUGCACUCUCUCAGAAAAAAUAUCAUUUGUUUCUGAACAAACAGAAGGUUAGAGCAGAAUUUACUUAAGGUAUAGCAAGUACUGCUUUAUUUCAGUGCAGGCACUUUAUGAAUAAUGUUUUUCCAUCCUGUUGUUGGGAAGAGUAUUAGCAUAGCCAUGCUUUCUCUUUAGUUUUUUUUUUGUCCAUGCCAAAGAGUGUAAUUGAACUGCUGUUGCAAACACAGAUGAAUGUGAAUGUAUUCACACGAGUGCUUAAAGAUCUCUACCUCUUACAGCUGCUAUAACUGCUUGAACUGUUAUUGCACACAAUAGAGAAAAAAACCUGAAUCCAUGUGAGAGGCUAAAUCCUAUUUCCAUAGACAGCUAAAGGAUUUAAUGCUUAUUAGCUUGCUGUCAAAUCCUCAUUGCUAAAAAACAGGCAUAAGUACCCAAGAAGUGCUGUGUGAAUAGCACUUUGCAUUGAUCAAAUAAUGAUAUAAUUUUGGUUUGGGAUUUUUUAAUUUAUUUUUGCCUCACCAAAAUAAAAAGACAAGAACAGCAAUUUGUUAGACAUGAAAGGUUAUCCUUGAUCCCCCUUGAAUCCUCCUGCUGCAGCUCUUCUACUUGGCUUGAAAUUCCUAAAUAACAAUUAUUUAGCAUGCUGGCUCUGGUGUUUAUCAAGGAGAUAAACAACUUGGAAGCAAGAGCUGCUCACUGAAAUAGCUGGAAUUUCUUGUAUGUGGUGGAAACCCAAUGUGAGAAGGUUUUGUUCCCCCUUGCCACUCGACUGUGUUGUAAAGUGAGGGCUGAGCCAACCUGCCAAGAGGUGAGAAUGAUGAUUUGUAAGUACUUUGGUAUCUUGGAUGGUUUCUCACACAAGUGAGUAAACUAUCCUGAGACUAAACUACUCUUCAUCUCCUCCUUAUUUUCUCCUUGUUUCCCCCCAGAUUUGGGCAAAUUUGACUCCACUGUGGAUACAGACUCUGAAGUAUAUUUAUGAAUGUGAGAAAAAUUGCAAUCUUUAUGGAAAAUUUUGUCCAAAAAAUUAAGAAAAGCAGUCAAGGAUUUUCCGUGUUCUCAUUCAGCCUCUCUGGAUCAUGCCACUGAACCCUUCCCUUUACAUAAGCCAGGCCUGAUUUGGCUGAUGUGUUGCUCUGGGAAGUUUCCAAGGCUGGUGCCACCAGUCUCUCCAGGAACCUGGUGGAAUUAAAUGAGUGCUAUGUUAAACCAUAAAAAACUGAAAACUGUCAUGGUAUUCCACAUUACACAGUCCAGAACUCUUCACCCCAUCUCUCCUGCAGCAGAGAGAAUUAUUUCUCCCAAUUAACACUGUGAAGUCCAACAGUCUGUGUUGGAAACACAGCACAACUUCCUGGAACACAGGAUCUGGGUUGCAUCAGUGAAUCCAUUCCACUUUCUAGGGUGCUGCAACAAUUUUAACCAUGGUUGUUGAAACAGGGUCCAGCAUUUGACUUCAUAAACUGCUGGCAGCCUCCUUAUUAAACCACAUUCUUUGAGAGCAGCAGGCAGUCCCUUUGCUCAGUGGUGCUGAGCAGCUCUGUACUCAACAGAAUCCUUCUGUGGGGGGAUCACUCCACUGGGGUCCAAGCCAAUGCAGGCUGCUGGUAUCAGAGCAGUUCUGGUCAAACACACUCUAAUUAAAACAGCCCAAGCUACACAACUGAGGAAUCAAUAUCUUGUGAUCUGAAGUACACUCCAGAGAGGUUUUUGAAUGCUUAUAACCAAAACAAGAAUAGCAAAAGACCCCAACAGUUCCACGGAAGUUCCCUUCCUCUGCAUCCUACAAUCUUCAAAAACAUUCCUGCAAACUUCAGAGAGGAUUUUAUUGCUAUCAAGCUGAUAGGGUCUUAUUUCUCACAUCUCUUCCUGACAGAGACAAGGACAGCUGAGCUGUCAGGACAGUGGCAUCAGUCUGAAUGGAAAUAGGUAAUAAGGAGUCAGUGCAUUUCCCAUGAGGGAUUUCAGCUUUUGGGCUGUGACAUAAAGGAGUGGUAUUGACACCGAUUUCAGCCUUUACUUGGCCUGCUCAGCCCUACCUGCUCAUGUGGCCUCACAAAUUGCAGAGCAUCCUCUUGAAGCAUGUGCUGAUCUAAAGUCAGCUUCUGGAGAGAGCCACCUGUGCCAGCUGUGCAGGUAUCUGGUGUAAAGACUCUGACAUUGCCACCAGAUUUGGAGGAAAGCAGAUCCAGAUACCCUACCCUUGGUCCAGUGCAGCUCUUGACUUGCCCAGAGAAGGACUGUUCCCAAAUCUCUGUAGAGUUGGCAUUUGUAAGGGUAGCUCAUUUGCACGCAUAGUUUUAAAAGGUUUAGUGGUUUUGUGUGGUACCACCUGCAAAGAUCUGAAGCAGAUCUUUCUCGCUUGUAAGUCAGUGCAGAGCCUGAAAGCAUUUCAGCCUCUCUGAAAUAUGUGUCCUCUGAUGUAUGAAUUCAUGAGCUUCUGUCUCUUACAGCCAUCUGGGAAAAGCUUUAUAAGAGUCUAGAUUGUCUAUUUUUUUUUUUUUAAUGCUGCUUAAGAGGUUCCUACAGUGGGUAUUUGGAGAGAAAACAGAACACUUUUCAUAAUUUGUUUAACCACUGAAAGCAGUUGAAGAGCAGAUCCCUCACCAGUGUACACAGAUUAUCCUGUGAGCAGCCACACCAGUCCACACAAGCUAAGGGUAGAGCCUGGCCUGUUUUGAAUAUUAUCUCUGUUUAUUUGUAUGGUCUUUUGCAGUGCAAUGACUGCUUUAAUUGCAUGUGUUUGACAAAACCAGAAAGGGAGUGAGAUUUAUUAUUGUUUUGAUACAGUCUCAAAAGGGAAGCUUUUUACUAGCAUUUUAAUACAGCCCUUUGUAAACACCCAGCAAAGAAAAAUGCUGAAUCCAGUCCUUCUGCUAGUGCAGUCACUGAGUUUCCUCUGGCUUUAGUAGGAGCUGGACUGGGUUCAGUGUAUGUGGUACUCUCCAGCAUUACUGAUAAUGAGUUUAUGUGUUUUAUAUAUUGAUGCUUUUUGCUGAACAGUGCAUCGGCUUUUUAUGAUUUGGUGAGAUAUAAAAAUAAAUUAUUUGAAA